AUAUAUUUCAUGAUGAUCUGUUAGGAUGUACCUCUACCUGAACUAAAAAAAGUCACGGCCCACAUUUGGCAGAUAAAAAUAUUCUGCGGAGUCAGCUCCAAUCCUGUGCCUUUGUUACACAUCACAGGCAUGUAGAAUUUUGGAACACAGAACAUAUAUUCCCCUGAGGCUCCCGCAGCUCUACUGGAGGAAACAGGAGGAAAAUGUUGCAAAAUGAAGUGUGAAGAAGAAGUACUUCACCCCUUUUAUGUACGGCCCCAAUAAGAAGUCCUUUAUUGACAUGUCAUCACAUUUACUAGAUGGACCCCGUGGCGUGUGAGAGGCAGCAGGAUGUCACCACUGUUUGCCCAAAUGAAGACCAAGACUUCAAAGUCAAGAUCGAAGACCUGAUCACCUCCAGCUGCACCGACUACCAGGUGCAGACCGUCCUGGGAUGUGGGGCCUACGGGUUGGUCACUCAGUGCCUGAAGAUGAGCACCAGAGAAACGGUGGCUCUGAAAAUAUUCACAAAAAAGCAGUCCACCAAUGACGCACAGGAGGAGGAGGCCAUCCUGAAAACGAUGAAGGCCCUCAACUCAGACAGGUUCAACGUCAUCAGCCUGAAGAACUCCUUCAUUUACAGGGGGCACUAUUGUCUGGAGUUUGAGAAACUGGACAUGACCCUCAGGGACUUCCUGAAGAAAAAACAGGCGGUGUCGCUGCAGCUGGAGGAGAUCCGUCCCAUUUUACACCAGCUGGCCAUUGCAUUGGAUUUCCUGAAGGGGGCAAAGGUCAUUCACGCUGACCUGAAGCCAGAAAAUGUCAUGAUGGUGGACCACGUCCAGCAGCCGCUCAAGGUCAAAAUCAUCGACCUGGGUCUGGCUAUUGGGAAUCGGGGGGAGAGUAGAGGCUGGACUCUGCAGAGUCUGUGGUACAGAUCGCCUGAGGUUCUGCUGGGAGCUCCUGUCAGUGAAGCCAUCGACGUCUGGUCUCUGGGCUGCAUCAGUGCUGAACUGCUAAUGGGCAUACCACUGUUUGACUGCAACAAUAAAUAUGACCUUAUGAGACACAUCGUAUGUAUGAUGGGAAAACCGCCAGCAUAUCUGCUGAAAGCUGGAUUGUUCACCAGGCUGUACAGGUUAAAGACGAAGGUAGGAACAACUUUGUGUGUUUUAACAAUGUUGGCAUGUCAAAUGUUUCAACAAUAA